UCCCAUCAGAUCACUUUCAGCACCAACAUGUUCUCUGUAGCUCUGCUGCUGCUGCUGGCUGCUGGAUCCUGUGUGAAGUGUGAACAGCUGACACAGCCAGCCUCUGUGACUGUGCAGCCAGGUCAACGUCUGACCAUCAGCUGUCAGGUUUCUUAUUCUCUGAGCAGCUACUGGACACAUUGGAUCAGACAGCCUGCAGGGAAAGGACUGGAGUGGAUUGGGUGGAAAUAUACUGGAGACUCAGCGUACAAAGACUCACUAAAGAACAAGUUCAGUAUCGACUUAGACACUUCCAGUAAAAUAGUGACUCUGAAUGGACAGAAUCUGCAGCCUGAGGACUCUGCUGUGUAUUACUGUGUCAGAGACCACAGUGACACAAACAAGCAGCACAGCUUAAAUCAGAGACAAAGACACGUCCAGACUGAGCAGAGAGAAAUGGCUUCUACAAUGAUCAGACUUCAUCAGGUUGUGAUCGCUUUCCUCAUCCUGGCAGUUAACUGGACCGGUACUGAUGGUCAAACACUGACUGAGUCUGAAUCAGUGGUUAAAAGACCUGGAGAAUCCCACAGACUGACCUGCACAUAUUCUGGGUUUAGUAGCACUCCUGACAUUAGCUGGAUCAGACAGGCAGCUGGAAAAGGACUGGAGUGGAUUGCUUAUAUCAGAUAUGACAGCCGCUAUGUCUACUACUCUGACUCAGUGAAAAACCGGUUCACCAUCUCCAGAGAGAACAGCAGAAAUCAGGUGUAUCUGCAGAUGAACAGCCUGACAGCUGAGGAUUCUGCUGUUUAUUAUUGUGCUCGAGAGCCACAGUGAC